AUGACUAGCCUCCUUUCACGUUUGGCUAACAGCCGGGGGCAGAACCCACCCCUGCCCCCCUGGGCUCAUACCAUGAUGAGGUCCCUGGGCAGGAGUCUCGGUCCCCUAAUGGCCAGCAUGGCAGAGAGAAACAUGAGGAUGUUCUCUGGGAGGGUAGAGCUAACUCAGGGGGAAGAAACCUUUGAAAACUGGCUGAGCCAAGUCACUGGGGUCCUGCCUGAUUGGCAUAUGUCUGAGCAGGAAAAGGUCAGGCGCCUAAUGAAAACCCUUAGGGGCCCUGCCCGGGAGGUCAUGCGUUUGCUCCAUGCUUCCAAUCCCGGCCUGAAUGUGGCAGAAUUUUUGCGGGUAAUGAAACUGGUCUUUGGAGAGUCUGAGAGCAGUGUGAUAGCCCAUGGUAAAUUUUUUAAUAUGGUUCAAUCAGGUGAAGAGAAAACAUCCCUGUAUAUGAUCCAUUUGGAGUCGCAGUUGCAGAAUGCUAUCCAGGCAGGGGUCUUUGCUGAGGAGGAGGCAAACAAGGCACGCCUGCACCAGCUCCUGGUAGGGGCUGAUCUCAGUAGAGACCUUCGACACAGGCUUAAGGGGCUUCUCAGGAUGUAUGCACAUGAUCCAGAGAGCCUUCCUGAUUUCCUGGAGGUGAUCAGGAUGAUAAGGGAGGAGGAGGAUUGGGAGGACACUUAUAUUAAACAGAAGCGGCCCAGAAGAGCUGAGCCAGUGUUGGAGAGGGCACCCAGUCCAGUGACAUUUCAGCCCCCCCCACCAAUAAUGAUCAACAAUACUGACGGCGAUGUGAUAGAGAUAGAUGACUCUCCGGAUGAUUCAGAUGACGAUGUGAUCUUGGUGGAGCCUGAGGACCCACCACUGCCAUACGCAAGUGCCGCCCCCGUUGCAGGCAGGGCUGUUCCCGAGGACCAAGUGGUGGUCAUUGAGUCCCCCCCCAUUUCUGAGAUUCAGUCUCCUUCCACCAGCAGUGGUUCUGGGCGUCCGAACAAUAGUUUGGGGGAGGUGCGUAGAACCAGGAAGCGGAGACACGCAGUUCACUGCCCCGUUUGUGGCGAGGAGGGCCACUCUGAAGAAGCCUGUGAGGCCGCAAGGGCCCCCCCCCCCCCCCCCCCCCCCCCCCGUCUUAUGAGUUUGUCGCCGUGCAGGACGUGCCCCAACCUGAGGAACCGAGGGCAAGAGAGGCUAUUUUUGGACCCUUUUUCUUCUGUGAGCCACAGUAAGAUGCUCUCCUCCAGCCUCGAAUUAACCCUUACCUGUAUUCAGAGUUCAAUGACGGAGAAGUUGGGGGGACAGACUUGUAAAUGCAUGAAGAAAUCCACAAAGUGGCUUUCUUUUGCGGGUAGAGAAAGGGUCUUCAACACCAGGACAGUAGAGAGAAAUGGUCUGAUCUUUUGCGGGUAG